AUGGAUCCAAUAUUCAUGAAGCGAAUUACAACUAUAUUAUCAUAUUCAGCACCAGAAAUAUUGGUGGACAAACAAUCAGGUGAUUUUGAUGGUACUGUCACAGGACCACAUAUCAGAUUCCCGGUUGUAACACUUAUUCAGAUGUAUGCUAGUAACGACACACAAUUGGUUCCCUCGGCAAAUAGUAGCACUCUUCAAAACAUCGCAUUUCCUGUUUUCCCAAACAAUGAAGAGCAACGAAAUAGAAAGAGGAUGUUGUCGAGUAAUAUGGAAACACCUGAGGAAAAAGAUGAGGGGGAUAGUGGAUUGAACGACAAUGCGAUUGAUAUAGACGUGGAAAUCCGAAGAAAAAUGGAGCGUACCACAAUAGAAGUUCGCAACUAUCCUCCUGUUACCGAAGCUACACCAUCACCUAUUACUGCAAACGUUAUAUCAGAUCCUGAGCACGUUGCAGAUUUAUCGAUGCAUGCAAUUCCUAUACCGUUACCUCUCAUAUCUAAUUAUCCACAUGGUUCACAUGGUCAUGAUUCUGGAACCCGUACAACGGUUUCAUAUGCAAGCCUCAGUUCAUCUCUAUCUUCAGGUGUCGCUCACGAUCAGCACCACAUUCGGGAAGUGAUUCAGCUACCCAACAUCACAGAAUUGUUUGCAAUUCCUUCUUUCAUAAGUGCUUCGGCACCGGUUGCAUUGCCGAUACCACUAGCCAAAAUUGAAAUAUCGCCAAAUCUUUUUGAUACUCAAUUACAAAAUUUUGGAAUUAAUACCUUGAUCAGUGAUGGGCAAUACUUCCGGAAUUCAGGUCGGAUGGAUACAACAAAUACAGAUGGUGUACUUGAACAACGUCAAUCACCGGAGAAAAUUCCGGUGCAAAUGCAAGUGCACGCUCGGGAAUACAAACCAGUUGAUGAUAUAUUGGGGUGUACAUGGGAUAUCGUUACUAAUAGUUGCAAAGAUUUGUUUUCUUUAAAACUCUGUUCACAUUGUCAUGACUUCGGGAAUAUUUUCUUACACAACUGUAAAUGUCUUGUGAAGUAUAGAACGGCAUUUUGA